GUACGAUCUUUUGACGUUCUCCGUGGGUCAAGGCCCGCAUCGACGCACCGUUGUUUGCUUUCGCAAUCAACUGAUUGACCCGCACGCUUUUGAGACCCGCAAACAGCAGCAACAGCAACAACAACAACAUCAGCAGCCAGUGAAGAGCUGGCGAAGCAACGGCAGAAGCAGCAGCGGUAGCAGAAAACGCGUAACGGAACUGUGUAAAAUGGGCGUUAAGAAGCAUAUCAGCGAAACACCUUUGAGUAAAUCGAACUCUGUGGAUCUCUACAGACCACCCGCACUUAGAAACAACAGCAGCGAAGAAGCAGCAGCUGCAACGAACGAAUCGUUAACAGAACCUGCUGCAGCAACAACAGCAGAAACAACAACAACAAUAAUAUCGACAACUACCUCAGUCGCCGCUCGGCAAAGGUCACCGCCCAGAGAGCAACAGACAAGCGCCGCUGCAGCAGCGACCCGUCGUGAACGACGUCCCGACCGUGCCGUUUAUGUGCCAAGGGCACGACGCAGUCAAACAACGCCGCCGACAACGACAACAACAACAAUGCCGACGACGCUAACACUGACGCCGACGCCAACUUCGUCAUUGCCAUCCGCUGCAGCAGCAGCAACAGCCGCAGCGUCUACGUGCAGCAAUCCACAGUCAGAGCUACAGCAACAGCCAUUGGAAGUGCCAGUUGUCGAUCCGAACCCGUCGAAGCAAGACGACGGCAACGUUCAACAGCAACAGCAACCGCAACCAGCUAAAUCAAAAAAAACUAGAUCGCGUCGAGGGGAGCGUGGCAAGAAAAACAGUGGCAAACCAAUUGAGGCAGCCACGCUGCUUGUGAUUGCGCCCAGCGAGAAUCAAGCUACGACGACGACGACAACGCCUCCGCCGCCGCCGACACCACCACCACCGCCAGAUAGCAACUGUGAUAAGGAGACCAUGGGUGGCGCCCAGCGAACAAAGACGGGUAAAACCCACAGCAAUUGCAACAGCAACCACAACAACAACAGUGCACAGCAAACGACGCAACCGUUGCGCAUUGAGGAUGCAGCAGCGCUGCCAAAAACCAAUAAUGCGCCAACGACUGAGGACGCCAACAAAUGUGAUAACGAAGUGCGCGAAUUGCAGCGAGCCUCCAAGGAAAUCAAUCGCAGCAAUCGUCGCAUCAUGAAACAGACCUUUGUCUCUGAUGUACUGGAGAUACCCGAAAAGAUUGAGGCAGCAGCAGCAGCUGCAACUGCAACAGCAGCGGCUCUAACACCGACUGGCGACAGCACCACCGAAGAUGAUGAUGAAGAGAACGAGGAUGAUUGGGAGAACAUGUUCGAUGAGAGUGGCGAGUGUUUGGAUCCAAAGAUUCUGCAGGAGCUCACCGAUUCCGUGGGCAAGUGCAAAAUUGAACUGCCCAAAAUGGAUUAUAGCCUUUAUCACAUUAAGCAAUCGCUGCUUAAUGAGGAGGAGUUUCCGCAUGUGCUGGAAAUCUCAAAUUUUCCCGUGGAAUUCAAGACACCCGAUCUGUUCAUGCUCUUCUCACAGUACAAAAGCGCCGGCUUCGACAUCAAAUGGGUGGACGAUACUCAUGCACUGGCUGUAUUUAGCAGCUCCCGCAUUGCUGCUGAGGUACUUACCAUGGGCCAUCCGUUUGUCAAGUUGAAGCCGCUGGCCGAGGCCACUCUCGAAUCCCGUCUCAAGGCCAAGAAGGCGGGCGCCGUCUCGCUGCAGCCAUAUCGCCAACGGCCGGAGACUUGUACGGCGCUGGCACGUCGUCUGGUGUCCGGCGCCUUGGGUGUUAAGCUGCGCACAGCACCGGAGGAGCGGGAGAACGAACGGCGUGUGCUGCGCGAAGCCAAAGAACGCAAGCUUUUAGCUGCCAAACAGCGCGACGAGGUUUGGGAGAGCUAGACUUGGGAACCGUUGCAUGAUGCAUUUUUUAGGUGGCACGCUACACUCGUGCUGCUAACAACAACUCUCUCAUUACUUUCUCAAUCAAAGCUAGUAAAUAACAAACUGAUAAUUUGCAUGACUAAAAUGUGUACUUUAAAAAUAUUUUUCGCUUUUCGUGCAAUUCAUGUAUACAAAUUUUUGCUCAAUUCGUUGUAGUUUUUAAAUGCAAUCAGAAAUAUCUACGUAUAAUAUAUAUAAAUAUAUAUAAUAUAUGCGUACAUAUAUAUAUUUAUUUGUCGUAGAUCAUAAGCAUAUAUGCAUAAAUGAAUACUUAUAUGUUGUUUUAAAUAAAAGCGUAAAAUUUUAUUUAUAAGCGCAAGCAAUUUAUAUAAAUAUAUUUUAAUAAAGUUUAUAGCGCGUAAGUACAAACGAGAAUAAAAUGUGUG